ACACCUCUUAGCUAGGCGCCUCGGGCUAUGAUUUUAACGUCAUGGGCCGAGCGAGUGGAGUAUCUCAAGGGGAGCACGUCUACUCUGUGUCGCUGAAGGGUUCUUGGUCGGGCGACCCGUACUACGUCGCACAAUUCACUGCCAACUACUUGAAAUGCGACGUCGAUAUGAUGCAAGCGACGCCCUGGAACGUUGUCGAAGAUACGCUGCUCAAGCUCUCCCAUGUCCCCGGAGUCUGCAUUCGCCUGCACGACAAGGAAGCCUUCAAGUGGCUUAUGCGCUCUAUCUUGGACCGCAGCGUUUUUGCGCGCAUCAUUGCCGCGGGGCAGACUAUGCCGUUGAUUGGGUACAAACGCCACCAAGGCUUGUCUCCGAACGGAAGCCGACAUUGGAAAGUAGUCAUCGACAAAAACGAUCGGGAGGAUCUCAAGAUGGACGGCAUGCUUUCCGCGCCGACUGAGUACUUCCUUGACAACUACCCCGUGCGUCUGGAAAACCCCCUGCAGCGCUUUGAAUACCUGAGUUGCCGUGAUACUUCGGAGAAAGAGGCAUAUCUGCGGGACGUGCUAAGAGAGAUUGGCGAGGACACCUGAGCAUCAGUCUCUGCCUAUGUUGAACGAGUAUCCAAAGAUUAUAUAAUGAGAGCAAUUUGCGGCUGUAACAAGUCUCAUCCCUGCUCAAAAUAUCUGU